AUGGCACAAGUUCUAAGUGGAAAAGAAGUGUCAGGAGAACUUCGAAAUGCGAUCAAGGAAGAAAUUGCUGCCAUAAGGCAGACCAGCCCUGACUUUAACCCUGGGUUAGCCAUUGUUCAGGUUGGAGGGCGUGAGGACUCGAAUGUUUACAUCAGGAUGAAGUGUAAAGCUGCAGAAGAAGUUGGCAUGACAGCCACACAUGUCAAGCUCCCACAGACUACAACAGAACAGGAACUUCUGCAAGUGGUUCAAAAGCUCAACUCUGAUGUGAAGACCCAUGGGAUUAUUGUACAGCUCCCUCUUGACUCUAGCAAUGAGAUCAACACAGACCUCAUCAUAAACUCCAUAGCUCCACAGAAAGAUGUAGAUGGGUUAAAUGGGGAAAAUGCUGCCAUGUUAUCCAGGGGUGACAUGUCUAAUUGUAUACUCCCAUGUACACCUAGAGGAUGUCUUGAACUUAUCAGGAAAACAGGUACUGAGAUCAAGGGAAAGCGGGCUGUUGUGCUAGGGCGUAGUAAGAUUGUAGGUUCACCAAUGGCUAAUCUGCUGACCUGGAACCAUGCUACAGUAACGAUAUGUCAUUCAAGGACCAUUGACCUUCCAUCUGUCUGUAAAGAGGCUGACAUUUUGGUAGCAGCAGUCGGCAGGCCUGAAAUGGUGAAAGCUGAUUGGAUAAAACCAGGUGCUGUCGUCAUAGAUUGCGGUAUCAAUUCCAUUCCAGAUGCCAGUAAGAAGAGUGGUCAGAGACUCGUUGGAGAUGUAGCAUACAGUGAAUGCAAGGAGGUAGCGUCAUGGAUUACUCCUGUACCUGGUGGUGUAGGGCCUAUGACUGUAGCUAUGUUAAUAAGAAAUACAGUAGAUGGUGCUAAACGUGAACUUGAGGCAGCUAAGGUAAAAACUUGGAAUCUCAGCACUCUACCACUUCAUCUUAAAACACCUGUUCCCAGUGACAUUGAAAUUGCUCUGUCUCAGACUCCUAAAGAUAUUGCUGUCCUUGCUAAAGAGAUUCACCUGCAACCUCAAGAGGUUGAUUUAUAUGGGUCAAAGAAAGCUAAAGUGUCUCUUAGUGUCUUAGAGAGGCUGCAGACACAACCUGAUGGCAAAUAUGUAGUUGUUACUGGCAUCACCCCCACUCCUCUUGGUGAAGGCAAGAGCACCACAACAAUAGGUCUAGCCCAAGCCCUUGGGGCCAAGUUAAGACAGAAUGUCAUUGCCUGUGUACGACAGCCAUCUCAGGGACCUACAUUUGGAAUUAAAGGGGGUGCUGCAGGAGGGGGGUACUCUCAGGUUAUACCUAUGGAGGAGUUCAACCUUCACCUCACCGGAGAUAUACACGCCAUAACUGCUGCAAACAAUCUAUUGGCUGCUGCCAUUGAUGCCAGAAUGUUCCAUGAGUCAACUCAGACUGAUAAAGCCUUAUAUGGUCGUCUUGUUCCUAGUAAGAAAGGAAAGAGAGAAUUCAGCCCGAUACAGAUUACACGAUUAGAGAAACUUGGUAUUACAAAACGUAACCCUGAUGAGUUGACGGAAGAAGAAUUUGGGAGAUUUUCCAGGUUGGAUGUUGACCCCAGCACUAUAACAUGGCAGAGAGUAUUAGACACAAAUGACAGGUACCUGAGGAAGAUUACAAUAGGACAGUCACCAACUGAGAAGGGUCUUACUCGAGAGACGCAGUUUGACAUCACCGUUGCCAGUGAGAUUAUGGCCGUGUUGGCGUUGACAAAAGACCUUGCAGACAUGAGGACAAGACUUGGAAACAUGGUGUUUGCCAGCAAUAAGAAGGGAGAGCCUCUCACAGCCAAUGAUUUGGGAAUCACUGGAGCUCUGGCUGUCCUGAUGAAAGACGCAAUUCGCCCCAACUUAAUGCAAACACUAGAGGGCACUCCAGUAUUUGUACAUGCGGGUCCAUUUGCUAACAUUGCCCACGGGAACUCAUCAAUCCUCGCUGACAGGAUUGCUUUGAAGUUGGUUGGAGAGGAUGGUAUUGUAGUGACAGAGGCAGGGUUUGGAGCCGACAUAGGAAUGGAGAAGUUCUUUGAUAUAAAGUGUCGCUAUUCAGGCCUUAUUCCCAAUGCGGUGACACUGGUUGCCACGGUGAGGGCACUGAAGAUGCAUGGGGGAGGACCCAAGGUCAUCGCUGGGGUUCCACUGCCCACUGCAUACAUUGAAGAGAACCUUGGUCUGGUGGAAGAAGGCUGCAGUAACCUGAGGAAACAGAUUAGUAACGCAGUAAAGUUUGGCAUUCCAGUCGUUGUGGCUAUCAAUUCAUUCGUCACUGAUUCCCCAGCAGAGGUAGCACUUGUGGCUAAGAUUUCCAAGGAAGCAGGUGCAUUUGAUGCUGUUGUGUGUGAGCAUUGGGCCAAGGGUGGAGAGGGAGCAGCUGAUCUGGCUGCGGCUGUUAAGAGAGCAUGCGAACAACCAAGCAAUUUUAAGUUCCUUUAUGACCUCAAUUUGCCCAUCAAGGAUAAGAUAGAAACUAUAGCCAAGGAGAUCUAUGGUGCAGAUGGUGUGUCAUAUGAAGAGGAGGCAGAGAAAAAGAUUGCUCUAUACACAAACCAGGGUUUCAGUGGGCUUCCUAUUUGCAUGGCGAAGACUCAUCUGUCUCUAUCAGACAAGCCAGAUUGGAAGGGAGCGCCAACAGGAUUCACAUUGCCCAUUCGUGACGUCAGAGCUAGCGUAGGAGCUGGGUUCAUCUUCCCUCUAGUGGGCACUAUGAGUACAAUGCCUGGAUUACCCACAAGGCCUUGCUUCUAUGAUAUUGAUAUUGAUCCAAUCACAGAGCAGAUUGUAGGACUAUCAUAACAAGAAUCAUGAUGCAUUCUGGGAAUAAAGACCCUACAUUACACAUCACAUUAUCAUUACACAUUGUUCAUGUGUUUGAAGAUGUUGUUGCUCAAAAAUGUGCCUUAUGUUUAAAUGAUACAAUUUUUAAGUGUUGCCAAAAUCAAUACAUGUAUUUAAUGAUGUUUUGGGAAUCAUGAACACGCUCAAGGAGGAUUGGCGCCCAGAAUGCAAUCUCGAUAUUUU